AUUAAGCAGGUUAUAAAAAGAAAAUGCGUGCAUUACAAAGAUGCAAUUAUUUAAUUACUAUGGACACAACAUUCCAAAUACACGGCAUGUAGCUUGGAAUCUUGAAUUACUUAUCACCAGGCAGAAUGAUGAUGAUUUCGACAGGCCUACGUGAUUAUUCAAAUAUAAAUAUAAUUUUGUGCGCAUGUGCUUCUAUUAAAUGCUAAAAGUUUUAUACUUCACUUUACCCAAUUAAAUAUACGACGGGUGUUAUUGCCGUGUGAUGAUAUGCCACUUAAACAGCAGCUUGAAUCGUCUGUACGGAUAUCGGUGGCUUUGCCCUGGGAUGCAGCUCUACGAUUGCGUCAAUUGGCCGCCGAGGGCAAUUCCACAUUGCGUGCCCUCGGAAUAGUGUCCGUGCAGCCUGAAGGUGAAUCUGUGAUAACUUUAAAAGUUGGAGCUCAAGAUAUUAAAACAAAAGAUAACUUAAACGAUGUUGCAGGCUGUUCACUUGGCCUGGUUGAGGCGGCUGGCACGUCUUCCAACAAAGCCGCCAUCACACUCGGCAUAAGCCAUUUGACUGCACCCACGUUCGAUGGCCCCAGCACAAGCAAAGCAGCAUAUGUCCAGCAGCAGCAGCAGCAACAACAACAACAUGCAAUCUCAAAUCAGCAUCAGGUGCAGCUGCACAGGCGAAGCGCUACGUUCCCGCAGCAAAAACAGAUGCAGGCGCAACAUACGCUACCUCUGCCACCACCCCUGCCACAAGCUCCCUCGGCGUACAGUAAUGCGGUUACAACACCACCCGUGUUCAAAUCUCCUAAUACGGUGUGUCCCAUGGAGGGCAAAGUGCCGCUGCUGCCUUCACCUGUUUCUGGUGGUUCAGUGAAUGUGCCAAGGGAUUUUCCGUUCGAGAGUAUGCGACAGGCACGCGUUCUUCAAGGCAGGGAAACUACUACCAUAAAUGGUGUUGGACCCUUGCCACCUCCGCCAAAUGUUACGGUAAAACUGUUGAAUAAUCAGGCAACACAAAACGGUGAAGUCAUUGGAACCCCAAGCGGUGCGAGUGUAAGUGCAUCAAGUAAACCUCAGUUUAUUCAUCCACCACCUCCAUAUCCUGGAAUGGGACCGACUUCUUCAACGGCUGCCAGCUCAACGCCGAGCUCGAAUCACACUACGAGCUCAACAGUAGCAAUGGUUGCUUCGAAGGCAGCUCAAAACUACCAUAUGCCCUUAUCAUCAGCAAAUGUAGCGCCUGCAAUCAACUCUACUGGGACAGCUAGCAAUAAUAUUGCGAUAUCAUCACCGCUGCUUGUUAAUCUCUUGCAAAACGAUGGGAAUGCAAUGGGCAGUCAGAUGAAGUCUCCCCUCUUGACACCAACCAAUCCACAUUCGCCGAUAGUAAGCAUGAGUCCCAGUGCACAGAUGAUUCAGAGCUCUAGCUCACCUAUGCGUUGCACAUCGGCGACACCAAGUGACUUUAUUAUGACACAAUCGGGAGACAACUCAAGCGUGUCCAGUCCUGUAGUGCCUUCCUCACCGACUGGUGUUGGUCCCGGUGGCUCAGUAAUAAUGCGUAGCAUACAACAUCCACAACAGCAGAUACUUUUGAGUCCCAGCAGCAAUGGGAAUAUGUAUAGCCAAGGACCGCCUACACAUCGGUUUCAGCACGCAACGGCAUUGCGACACCAGCAGGAAGCUAACAAACAGCGUCAGCAGGGUAUACAAUCUCGCUUUAUGCCACCACAUCAGCAGCAACAUUUUCUAAGCCAGCAACACCCUCAGACGCCUCAGACGCCAACCGAUUGCUUUACCAACGUAAACCUUCAACAGCCGCAGCAGCAGAUAAGACAACAGCAACUCCGUUCCGCUUUGCCCCUACCUCCGGCACCACAUCCUCAGCAACAGAGACUUAUGAGCAUGCCGCUAUCCUCCCCUCAGGCGCAGCAGCUUAUGGUGCAGGGGGCUCAAGGGGGUACAUCACCUAUUGCCCACUCACCUGCGUCCAGUCACCAUUCAAUGCAUAGUCCCCUAAUAGGCAACCAUCAGCAUCCUCUUCCCCCGCCUUCAUCGACAGCAACCAACAGUCCGCACACGCAUACCCAUCCACAACAGCUUCAAGCUAAGGAAUUAACACCAAUUGGUAACAUGUUAAAUGCACACCUAGUACCUGUAGCUGCCGUAGGUAACCCGCAGCAGCUCCCUCCGCCUCCAGACUAUAAUCAGGCAGCGGCUAAUUCGCGAUGGCCGGCGCUCAAUAAACCUAUGGAUUCGGCUACCAAGAGCAGUUUCCAGGAGUUUACGCGUUACCAAAUGCAAUACAACCUGCAGCAGCAACAGCAGCAAAUAAACUUAAGCAACGGCCCAAUUGACUCUAAUGAGGUCUUAUCAAACGCGACUGCAACAGUCGUAGGAGACAAUACUUCAAACGUUACUGUUGAUGCGACGGCAACUCCGCAACGACAACAGCACCAACAACAGUUGUCGAUGCAGCCAUUAGGGGCGCAAUCAAACUCACAAGCAUUAGCAAAUGCUUCUGGGACGGGUCAGGCUCUGAAUGAUCCGCUAAUUUCUUUGUCUGAUUUGGAUGCGCUGACAACAAACGAUUUAGAUGCAUUGCUGCCAACUCUUAACUGUGAUCUCGACUCAACAUUAAGCCUCGAUGAUAAGAAUGAGCUCGAAUCGUUGCUUCAGGAUGCCAAGGAUUUGGACUUGGACCUGAUCGAGGAUAAUUUAUCUGCAGUGGGAAUGGACGUGGGCGAAGUAGAGAUCACCGCGUUGCAGAAUAAUUCUGGCUGCAUGGAGCUAUCCGCGCAGCAGCAGAAUCCGCAACAACACCAACAAAUGUUGCACAUACAACAAUAUAAUCAACAACAAAUGUUACAACAUCAGAGACAACAAUUACAAUUGCCUCAGCACCAGCAACAGCGUCAACAAUUACAGCGUCAAACGCAAUUGCAGCAGCAGCCACGUAUUCAACAUCAACUUCUACCGCAGCGAGCACAGCAGCAAAUUCAAAUGCAACAACACCAGCAAUUACAAAAUACACCAAUGAUAAUGCAAAAGAAACUAACGCAGUUGCAGCAACAACAGCGAUUGGGAAAUGUGCAACAGAAACAGUUCAUCAUCAAUCCACAUACCGGCGACAUGGAGCCAAUGGCCAGUGAUGAUAGUGAUACGGAGGCCGAACAGGAAACUUUACAACUGCAGCAAUUUCAAAGCAAUUCCAUGUCCAGUGGUGGACUUAGCGGCUACGGUGGAUUUAAUCCUGGCAAUGAUAUGUUGCUCCCUAACAACCUCUUCUCAGAGGAGGAUUCCAACUCAGUCCUUUCCAUCCCCGGCAGUCAGCAAAUUAUGCUGGCAGCUGGCAGUGACCAGGAGCGCUCACGUGACUCGUUCGCCUCCAACAAGUCGGUCGUUUCAAACCGAGGGCGUAAGGCUCCCCAAUCCAAGGGCAUCCAGAAGCAUCAGCAACAUCAGUUGGCAACACCAACACAAGUAAUGCAGAUGCAACAAAUACAGUCAAUAACACCGAGCCAUUCGCCGCGUUCAUGCAAUAGCUCGCCAGUGAUUGGAGUUACCGGAAUUGGCUCGUCAUCGUCGUCCCCUAAUCUUAUAACGACAAGUGGGAGCACCAAAAAAUCGAAACCGAAUCUUUUGCGUGAUAAGCUGCAACAAGGAGUCAAAGAGCGUAGGGCCAAGGAUGCAAGUACUUCAGUCAUUCCAAAGGUCAAACGCGAACGAUCCAAAGGGAAGGCGAAAGUAGCAGCCACAGCUACUGUUAACAGUACUGCUGACGAGAAUAUCAAGCUCCGACUUAAGCUGGACAAUGUGGAUAUUCCGGCACCAGCUUAUGACCAACUACAACAACCAGCUCAAGUCAACAAUGCCAUAAUGGAUGCCAAUCAUCUUCAACAUCAACAAUUGUCGAUGCAAACACAAAUGCUGGCACGCUCUGCAACGCAGUCCCAACAACAAGAGCAAUCCCUUCCUCUAUAUAACAAUUUUCAGCAGCAAAAUCAAGCAUCUGCUACUGGUCUUAAUGAACCACGUGUGCCGCCAUUGCAGAUUCGAUUGCGAGGCAAGAACUCUGUUGUAGUAAAAAAUACUCGAAAGGAUCGUAAGAAACUUUCCACCUUGGCAGAGGAACAAAAAGUCCGGCACCUGAAGCGGACUUUCAGUUCAGAUCAACAUCAGCCAUCCCAACAACAACAACAAGGAGUAUUGCAUGAUGGGGCGACUGAUAACAAGCAAGUUAAACACCCUGGAACAACACAUUUAAAUGGGAUGCCGAGUUGUGCUGGUGCCCUGGUGAAGACAAUGCAACAGCCCCAAGCUCAGACAUCUCAGUUAUCUGGACAACAAUUAACAGUCACAGGGUCCAAGACUACCACAAUUGUUGCUGGCAAAAAUGGAUUAACCAUUAGUGCGAUUGUAGAGGCACAUAAGGCUCAGACGCUCACUCAGAGUAAUACUGGAGUUGAUGGGCAAAUUGCCCAUGGAUUAACUGUGGGCACCACUGGCGCUAACUCAAAUGCAUCUACUCUGCAACAACAACAUCAGCUGAGCAAAAUAGCAACGUCUCUGCCAAGCAGCAUUACCUUGAGCGCCAUCACAACAACUAACAAUAAUAAUAACAACAAUAGCAAUAACAACAAUGUUAGCACCAAUAUCAGCAUUAACAACAGUCAUAACAACAACAAUGGUCGCAUGCUAAGUAAUCUAACUUUGAAACCCCCAAUCAAGAGUGCAGCCACUAUCACGCCUAUUGUGGGCGGAAAACCGAUGACAAAAAACCAUAAGCCGCCGCCAUAUAUGACCGCCGUGCAACAGUUGCAUCUACAAAAGCAGCAGCAGCAACAACAACUGGCGGCGGCCGUAACCAUGUUGCCAAGUGCGACGACACUUAAGCGUGUCGAAAUAACAAAAGUAACGACAAGUAGUGCUGAUUCCAUCCCAAUGACGGUCACGACGUCAGCAGCAACAACCACAGCAAUUACCACGCUGCCAAUACACGGCGAGAAAAAAACAUCAGUUGCUCUCCCUUUGACCUCUACAAAUAUUGUUAAUAAUGUACACGAGCUGGUUAGUGUAAGCUCUUCUUCAACCUGCUCAUCUACGCACACCAAGCCAUCUAACCACCACUUGCCGCAACAAUCUACGCCAAAUACCACAUCAUCAUCCUCAACGAACCCACUGGCAGUGACAACGACAUCGACAACGUCAACUGCUUUAGUGGGCAGCAUGCAGCGUAACUCACCUGCGAGCAAUGGUAGCGGUACUCCUGGUCAUGUCAACAAUGGAGGCGGCGAAGACAGUGGCAUUGAGUCUAUGGAUGCCCUAUCUGAGAAGAGCCCUCAUCAGCAGUCCUCCAGCAGUCCCAUUCAAAUACAACAACAGCAGCAGCAAAAGCAAACUGCUUUAAAACAAUUAGGAGCGAGUACUCUAGCAGCACCAGCACCGCUAACAUCGCAACUGCCAACAACUGGCAGUACAAUGGAAACAGCAGCAACAGGUAGUAAUAAUAAUAGCCAGACUAAGAUCCAGCAGAUGCAGCACGCUGAUGAUGAGAUUGAAAAGGCGUUGGCCAAGAUGGAGGGCGACUUCUCGGACGAAUUUAGGAGUAUCAUGGAUAGCGUAGUCAAAGAGGAGGGGAAAACAAAGACAGAAUCUGUAGCUGGUGGAGAUAGCUUCAAUUUAACAACAACAAUGACGCUACCAAUCAAUGCGAAACUAAAUGGCGAGCAUAAUAUACUCGAACACGAUGAUCUCAUAAAGAAGUUGACAGAUAAUAUGGAAGCAGAAGCAGACGAAAAGAAGGCUAUCGCAAAGCCAACUACUAUAGUAGAGGCAACAACAGAAGCUCUACCAGAUGAGAGAGAAAACAUUAAUGUAGGAGAUUUGCUUACAGACAUAAAAGAGGAUGGUGUUUACGUCAAAAAGGAAAUAAUGCUAAAUAUUGAAGAGGAACCUGCCAGAAAGCAAGAGGACAAAAAUAAAGAACAUUCAGAAUCUUUGCAGCCCAUAUCGAUUGAAAUACCUGCCCAGCCGGAUGGCGAUACGCCGCGCAUUCGAACACGUGCUAGCAGUCGCCUCGAAAGUCCAUUGGAUGCGCCCAAGGCCAGCUCAAGUCCGGAAGCGCUGCAGGCAUCAUCAGGAGCAAUGGGAGUAACAAGCAGAGCUAUUAUGCGAGCCUCAUCCAAUCCAAGUCCCCGCCUAGGCACUCCGACACAAGUUCACAAUAACAACAAUUACAGCAGUAAUAGUAACAAACGGCGUCGUCAGGUGUCUGAAUCUGGCAACAAUGAAGCACAUAACACCGAUAUCUCUGCACAAAACGAAUCAAAGCGCACGCGAAUCAGUAGUGGUAACAGCAGCACCAAUGCGGCUGAAGCGUCAGAGGCCUCGCUAACCAAAAAAAUUGAGAUCGAGUCUUCCGAUUCAGAUGAGCCCCUUAUUGAAGUAGCAGGCAAGGUGCGUAACUCAAAGGCGGUAGUCGAUGAAAAACACAUUACGCGACGCAAUGCCCUCCACCAACAACAUCAACAGAUGCAGCAAAAAUUGGUAUGCUUGAGCACAGUAUCGAGUAUACCUCAAAAGACGCAAGGGAAAGCGCAGCCACAGGUUCCCGUAUCCGGAAGUAGUUGUGUUACGACAUUGCAGGCUAGCGCGGCCAACAGCAAUGCGAACAGCUCAAAUGUGGUGCAUGCAACACGUGGGGCCACUGCUGCUGCUGCAACCAACAGCAUCAACAACUGCAAUACAAAUAACAACAACAGCAUUAUAAGCAAUAGCUCGCCAACUGAUGAGAAAAUUGGCACCAGGAGAAGUGUGAGGGCUAGUGCAGCCGCAAACAAGAUAAUUUAUGGCCGUAGUAAUGCAGCGGCUGCUGCAGUAGCGGCAGCAGCUGUAGUUGAACCGAAAGCUACGCCGCUCAAAGGCCUCGCUACGCCGCACGUCGCAAGCGGUUGUGCAAGUCCUGCCAAUAGUGGUACUCACAAUGCCAACGCGUCAAAUGUAAAUGUGGAAAGCGUAGCGGAGGCGCGCCGGAAGACACGUAGUGCGGUUGGCGAAUCCAAUCUAUCAGAAGGACGUCGAAGAAGAGUGUCGCGUGAUUACAAGUGACCAGAAUUUUGCGCCUUGGCUAAAGGCUUGAAC